AGCUUCCUAGUCCUAACCUGGCUGAUAGAGAUCAGAUGGUGACUGAAUAGAAGCUGCCCCAGUCCUGGGUCCAUGAUGUACGCACAAGUUGAAUUUUCAGAAACUGAAUACCCACAGAUCGAGUAUCAAAGAAGACAACAAUUUUGGGACCCUAUUCGACUCUCUCUUUUCACAUUGGCAAUUGUAGCAAUCAUAGGAAUUGCAAUUGGAAUUGUUACUCAUUUUGUCGUUGAGGAUGACAAAUCAUUCUAUUACCUUGCCUCUUUUAAAGUUACAAACAUCAAAUACACAGAAAAUUAUGGAAUGAGAUCAUCACGAGAGUUUAUAGAAAGAAGUCAUCAGGUUGAGAGAAUGAUGUCUAGGAUAUUUCGACGUUCUUCUGGAGUGGGUCGAUUUAUCAAGUCUCAUGUUAUUAAGCUAAGUCCAGAUGAACAAGGAGUGAAUGUUCUCAUGGUGCUCAUGUUUCGAUACCCAUCGACUGAUAGUGCUGAACGAAUCAAGAAAAAAAUUGAAAGGACUUUAUAUCAAAGUCUGAAGAUCAAAUACUUGCCUUUGACUAUAAAUAAACCGUCAUUUAGCCUUACACCUAUUGACAGCAAAAAGAUGAGAAAUCUUCUCAAUAGCCGAUGUGGAAUAAGGAUGUCAUCUUCAAACAUGCCAUUACCAGCAUCCUCUUCUACUGACCGGAUUGUCCAAGGAAGGGAAACAGCUAUGGAAGGGGAGUGGCCAUGGCAGGCCAGCCUGCAACUCAUAGGGGCUGGCCAUCAGUGUGGAGCUACCCUCAUCAGCAACACGUGGCUGCUCACAGCAGCUCACUGCUUCCGGAAAAAUAAAGACCCAGGUCAUUGGAUUGCUACUUUUGGUACAACUAUUACACCACCUGCAGUGAAACGAAGUGUGGGAAAAAUUAUCAUACAUGAAGAUUACCACAGAGAAACUAAUGAGAACGACAUCGCCCUGGCUCAGCUCACUACCCGAGUAGAGUUUUCAAAUGUAGUUCAGAGAGUUUGCCUCCCAGAUUCAUCUAUGAAACUGCCACCUAAAACAAGUGUAUUUGUCACAGGGUUUGGGUCUAUUGUAGAUGAUGGGCCUACACAAAAUAAACUCCGCCAAGCCAGGGUAGAAACCAUAGGUACUGAUGUGUGUAAUAGAAAGGAUGUGUAUGAUGGCCUGAUCACUCCCGGGAUGCUAUGUGCUGGAUUCAUGGAAGGAAAAGUCGAUGCAUGCAAGGGUGAUUCUGGAGGACCUCUGGUUUAUGACAAUAAGGACAUCUGGUACAUUGUGGGUAUAGUAAGUUGGGGACAGUCAUGUGCUCUUCCAAACAAACCUGGGGUCUACACAAGAGUGACUAAGUAUCGAGACUGGAUUUCCUCCAAGACUGGCAUCUAAAGU